AUGUAUAGCAAUUUCAAGGAGCAAGCAAUCGAAUACGUGCGACAAGCGGUGGCGGAAGACAAUGCCGGGAACUACACGAAGGCCUUUCCUUUGUAUAUGAACGCCUUGGAGUAUUUCAAGACCCACUUGAAGUACGAAAAGAACCCAAAAAUUAAGGAGGCUAUUACUCAGAAGUUCACGGAGUAUUUACGCCGGGCUGAGGAGAUCCGGGCUGUGCUCGAUGAAGGCGGGUCUGGUCCUUCUGCUAAUGGGGACGCGGCUGUGGCCACGCGACCCAAGACCAAGCCCAAAGACGGGGGAGGAAAUGAUGGGGAGGAUGGGGACAAGGAGAAGCUGAGGGCUGGGCUGAAUUCUGCUAUCAUUAGAGAGAAGCCGAAUGUUAAGUGGAACGAUGUUGCGGGUUUGGAGAGCGCAAAGCAGGCGUUGCAGGAGGCUGUGAUUUUGCCCGUGAAAUUCCCGCAGUUUUUCACUGGAAAGAGGCGCCCAUGGAGAGCUUUUCUUUUAUAUGGUCCACCUGGAACAGGAAAGUCGUACCUAGCAAAGGCUGUUGCUACUGAAGCUGAUUCAACAUUUUUCAGUGUUUCUUCUUCAGACCUAGUUUCGAAGUGGAUGGGUGAAAGUGAAAAGCUAGUUUCAAAUCUUUUCCAAAUGGCCCGUGAAAGUGCCCCCUCUAUUAUAUUUGUUGAUGAAAUAGAUUCCCUAUGUGGCCAGCGUGGUGAAGGUAAUGAGAGUGAAGCUUCCAGACGAAUCAAAACAGAAUUGCUUGUUCAAAUGCAGGGGGUAGGACACAAUGAUGAUAAAGUUCUUGUUCUUGCAGCCACAAAUACUCCUUAUGCUCUGGAUCAGGCUAUCCGGAGACGAUUUGACAAGCGAAUAUACAUCCCUCUACCAGAUUUGAAGGCACGACAACACAUGUUCAAGGUGCAUUUGGGAGAUACCCCUCACAACUUGACCGAAAGUGAUUUCGAAGUCCUGGCUCGCAAAACAGAAGGGUUUUCUGGUUCUGAUAUUUCUGUUUGUGUUAAGGAUGUGCUAUUUGAGCCUGUACGUAAAACACAAGAUGCCAUGUUCUUCAUCAAGACUUCAAAUGGUACGUGGAUGCCGUGUGGACCAAAACAACCUGGUGCUGUCCAGAUAAGUAUGCAGGAGCUUGCUGCACAAGGACUUGCUUCUAAGAUCAUUCCACCUCCAAUAUCAAGAACAGAUUUUGAUAAGGUGCUAGCAAGACAGAAGCCAACAGUAAGCAAAGCUGACCUUGAUGUGCACGAGAGAUUCACAAAGGAGUUCGGAGAGGAAGGUUGA